AUGAAUGAAUUUAUCAUUGGUCUUGUCUCUCGACUUGCCGACAGCGAUAUUAGGGUUGUCACAAAAUGUGUUCCGUGGACACCCAUUAAAAUAUGUCACGGCACCGCUGCUUCUGGCUACAAUUGUAUAAACAUACAUCAAGAAUACUUUGCAAAGAUUGACGGCAAGUCUUUACCUGGAUUCGUAGUAGUAGGAAGGGCAGUGAAUCAGUAUUUUUUUCAAUCAAAAAUCGCUCAAACGAGCGCUGCAGAUAUAUGGCUAUGCUUCGAUGUCACAACGAAUAGUUUUUGUUGCAUAAAGGCGUAUUCCAUCGAAUCGUGUAGGCGGCAAAAUGCUCUUCGCUUCUGUGCCGCUGAAAUGGAAGUCGUUUCGCUUUUGGAUAAGGUUAUCGAUGAGGUUCUGUAUCACUCGUCCGUUACCGGACACCCAGGUGUAUCAACACUGCGUGAGGUUAUAAUUAGCGUCGACCGCGAUGUUUUUUACAUUGUCAUGGAUUAUUAUCCAUGCCAGCUACUGCAUUUCCAUUCAAAGCUUAACACGUACGUCGCGAUGACGUCGACCAACCAUGUUGCUUAUGACCAGGGGGAAUCAUGCAUGAUACGUUUAUACAAAGAAGAUCAUGCCCGACGUAUAAUGAAGGACAUCAUAGGGACUGUUAUCUAUCUGCACUCAGUAGGCAUUGUGCACAAGGAUCUGAAACCUGAAAACAUUCUUCUCCUUCAGGAUGAUACAUCCAUGUACGAAGCUGUUAAUAUCUCUUAUAUAUGUGAUGAACACCAAUUCGAUGAAAGUAGUUUAAUAGAUGAAAAUGAAUCAUACAACCCUUAUUGUAACGAAAUACUAGGUGAAUACGUCGAACGUUUCCUGCUAUCGGAAGUGACAACGUCGUGCUAUGAAAUUGAACUGUCUCAUGUUGUAGAGAUGCACUUUCCUUACGACAACUCGGUUGCAUCGGAUUCCGAGUGGCUAUGGGAUAAUGGAUGUGACAUAGUCUGUGAUAUUAUCCAGGGGAGCAAAGAGGAGAGCAAAACCAUGCGGAUAGGCAAAGCGGCUCUCCACUUUGCCAAAACAACUGCCGAAUCGUGUAUGCAUAAUUCGUGCAAUUUGCUGGAUUUCUUUCUCUCAGCGAGUGAUUCGUACAUACCGUACAAAAAGCCUGAGUUGCUUCUCAGCGCUGCUGAAUCCUGGCGAGGUCAGCGCUUCAGAACAAAUCAGAAAGCAUUAAUCCAGCGAUCGGUAGUUGAAAUACGGGAUGUAUGUGUGGUAAUAACGGAUUUCGGUGUGUCAAGCAUUGGUGACGUGGAUGUUGCAAACGGUCAGCCGCUUUUGUAUGAUGGCGAAGGCACAACAUCGUUCUGUAGUCCAGAAUCGCUACAAUAUGUUGAAGGCCCAAUAUCCGGAAGCAAACGUGAGAUAUUUUCACUGGGCGUGAUUCUUUACGCCAUGAUUUAUGGGGUGUUACCGCAUGAAGGUAACAGCUGCAUAGAAACGCUAAUUAAUAUGCUGGAAAAACCGCUAAUAUUCCACAACUAUCGACCCGUGUCGCCUGAUCUAAAGGACCUAUUGAAGGGCAUGUUGAACAAGGAUCCAAAACAAAGAUUAAGCACUGAAAGCAUCUUAGCACACCCAUGGUUUGAGGCAACCUGA